UUAAGUUAAAUCUCAGUGAAGAAGAGCUCAGUUCCCAGGAAGCAUGGCGCGGGUUGUGUAUUGGUUCGAUUCCCUGCGCUGCGGGAUCAGGAGGUAACAGCGGUGUCGUCGCGGGGCUCUAUCCGAGAAACAGUGACAGAGUGACGGUUGGGAAGAGACGCGGCGGUUUGGUCGAGAAUCUGACAAUGGACGACAACCUGGUUCGGAGGGAGGCAGCCCGUCCGAGGAGGGUGUCUGCUGCUGCGGAGCUUGAAGCUAAUGUUAGCCUGCAAGAUGGCGAGGUAAUCGAGGUUCACCCAGCCAGAGAAACUCAACCAGGUCCGGGCAGACUGAGUGCUGCUGGUGGGAGGAUGGAGAGGAGGAAAUCGGCACCGCAGGGUCUCUACCAGAGAUAUAUGCCGAUGGAGCCCCUCAAGUUCCCCAUACCGAGGAAAACCAAGGAAAAGAGAGCUCUGUUCCAGUAUGUCUCCACUGAGUCCAGGGAGUAUGAAGACAUGAUGGCCAUCCUGACCUCCGGCUACAUCGACACUGGCUCUGCUGGCUGCUUCACCUACUGCAAACCUCGGCUCGUCCACAGUGAGGUGCUGGAGAAAGAGUUUGUGGAGAAGAGGAGGGAGAUGAAGGCAGACGGGAGGACAGACAAGGAGCUGGAGGAGAGCUACUGUUUCCUUUUGGCUGAUACUGUUAAGCUGUCCUGCGUCAGUGAGAAGGGGCUGUUUGUGGGUCAGAGCUGGCUCACAGUCCUGGGAAACCCCAGUAAAGGAGUGUAUCUGUCCAGGUACUCAGACUUACUCCAGAUUAACUCUAUAACCCCUGGAGCCACUGGGGAGAUCCUCAUCUUCAAAGUGAUGAAGGGGAAAGUGAAAAGCAUCUAUGAAAACAUGAAGAACCUUCUAGAUCCAACGCCUCGCUUCGACAGCCACAUCUCCAAGAACGCCAGCAAAGUCACCUCACUCAACUCCUACCGUGCCUUCGAACUCACACAACAAUACUUCUAUGAGUACUCAUUUGACGAGCUGCGGCAGCGGCCUCGCCAGGUUUGUCCGUACGCCGUCGUCUCCUUCCAGUUUAAAGGAAAAGACUCUCCACUUCCAAUCAAACCUCUGGCCCCCAUCAGGUUGAACAGUCAAUCAGCAGAGGGGAGUAAAGAGCAUGCUCAGUUCACAGUGUGGACUGGAGAUUUGGUGAAAGGUGACCAGGUUCUCUUUCAGAUCUGCCUUCGCUCCUUCUCUCCUCCUUUCCUGCCCCACAGACUACAAGAGAAGUUGGAAAUUGGUUGGUUGAUGAGGCUUGACCAGGUGACCAAGCUCCUCCCCUCUGAUCUGUUGUCCUACAACCUCUACAACAGCAGCCAAGAAGUUGUGAAGAAUGGCCAUUGCUGCAGUCUUCUGGAGGUGACUGACAGAAGUCGGUCUACGACCAGCGUGACAAGACUGCUGCAGGAACUGGAGAUAAAGAGAGUGGUUCUGGUGACUCCACUUACAGAUAGAGGCUUUCUCUUCCUGCUAUCCAGUGUUCAGAUGGCCACACCUACUGAGAGAGGAGAGAGCUGGAAGAGGUGUCUUCAGGCCUUGUUUGUCUUCCCAGAGUCCAGAGAUGCAGCCAUAUCCGCAGUAAGGUAUGCUUCCUCUUCCCAUGAUGCCUCACAGUCGUUGAUGUCUGGUGGCACGGUGAUGCCGCGUCUGAACCAGUUUAUCCCAGCGUUGCACCAUGCCCUGGUCAAGGCCCGUGCCAACCCCCCUCCUGAGCUGUCUGCCGGUGUGGAGCGCCAGGCACGGGAAUACCUCAUCGGCCAGAACGAAGGGAAGGUUCGACAGUACCCGAUGGGCGAAUACGAAUCCAAAUUGGAUGAGCAAGGAAAGCUGUUUCCUGCUCCCAACCACCACCGGGUGAACAUGGAUGGUUAUCUUCGCUCCUACAUGUACAGCCCCGCCCUCUACCUGUUAUCAGUGGCCCGGGCCAGGCAGAUGGUGGAGGCGCACUGUGGCCCAGAGGAGCCAGAGGAGGUGAGGCUCGCGAAGAGCUGUGGAGACCAGAGAGAGGCGACGGGGAAGGGGGCGACUGGCAACACUAGAGACGGCCAGACCAACACUCAGAAGAUGCAGCAGCUGAUAAACCUGGUUUUGACCUGUAAGAGGAAUGCAGAGAAUGAGGUGAAGAGGGAGGAAGGAGAAGGAGUGAAGGCACCAGGGAGGAAGAGGAGACUGGAACAGGAGACGGCAGAGAGGACGCUUAAAUUCCUGAAGGCAUCACAGGAACCGGGAAGACAUAGCAAGAUUCCAGUUGAGGGAAACCAAGUCCCAGCCUCUCCUGGCUCUCUUGCGUCUGUGAUUGGCUCAGUGGGUUUGAAGGACGUUGAUCUGAGGGAAGAUGGAUCUGAACUAGCUGCCAGACUUCUCAGGCUGCUAACAGGCAUCAACAAGGCUGCCAGGGGAACAGCCAAUCAGAGCCUUUGUGAAGUGCAAGAGGAGGGGCAGAGGGAAUCCUGUCCAUUUGAUAGUUUGGCCACCAAGCUGGGUCUGCCCACCAACUGUGACAUUGACCUGAGGAAGCAGGAGGAGCUGGAGGAGCAGACGGCAGGCAGCAUCAGUAGUUUGGAGGGAUUCAGUCCCAGCUCCCACAGCGGGGAGAUGAAUCACCACGGAGCAGCAGGUAGAGGAGAAGGGCUGGGGAGGAGAGCAGGAGGAUUCGAAGAGGAUGAGGAAGAGGGGGAAGUCCCGUGGGUUCUCAUCCCCAUUACAGGUCUGUGUUCAGAGAGGUACACCCAGAGAGAUAGAAACAUCCCUCAGGACCCUCGCUUCCAGCACCUCACCACGGCAACAAGCAUCACCACAACAACCAAACCUCCCAGGAAGAGCCCCACCUCGUCUCCUGAGCCCAGCCUUCCUCCCUCCCCAUUCCAGUGCCCAUCUCCCGAGCCUAGUCCUCCUCCCUCCCCCUCCCAAUGCCCAUCACCUGACCCCAGCCCUCCCCCUUCACCCUCCCAAUGCCCGUCUCCAGAGCCUAGUCCUCCCCCUUCCCCGUCUCAAUGCCCGUCCCCGGAGCCCAGCCCUCCCCCCUCUCCCUCCCAAUGCCCAUCUCCACAGCCCAGCCCUACCCCAUCUCAUUCCCUCUGCCCCUUUCAUCAGCUCAGCCAUCCCCUCUCUCCCUCCUGGUGCCAGUCCCCGGAGCCUAAUGAGCUCAGCCCCUUUAACAAGGACCACAGUGGUGCUAACGAGGAGCAGUUAGCCCCCACAGCCUCCAUGGAGUUUGCAGGAAUGUCUAAGGACAGAGAAGCGAAACCUCAGUGGAAAGAAAAGAAGAAUGAGGAGCCAUCCAUUUCUGUAUCCAUCCAGCCAUCUAUCCCUCCAGCUUCAGAGAGGAGGACAAACCCCUCACCACCAGCCACUGAGCGAGAGAAGGAAGAUGACGAGGGGAAAACAGGGGAGGUGAAAGAGGUAGAGGCAGAACCUUUAGAGGAGGAAAAGGAAACACAGCCAGUUGAGAGAGUGCAAAAGCGAGGGGAAGAAGAAGCAGACGAGGGUAAUCAAGAUGAGGACAUGGUGGACAUGAAACAUGUGGUAGCUAGUGAUAAGGAGCAAAAAGGAGAAGUGAAGGAACUGGUAGGUAGCUCUUUUUUUUCUCCGUCUGUCUCCUCACCUCCUUCUCGCCCGCUCAGAGAUAUUGACAAAAUUGUGGACAAACACGUGGGCGACUUCUCCUCUGAGAUACAGCUCCUCCUGCAGGAGGAGAGCAUUCAUUACAACUUCCCACAGUCCCCUCACUCCACUUCAAACACAGAAUUCACAGCACUUCAACACACACUCCCACACCCCCCCAUAUCUCAGCCCAUAUCAAAGUUUUCACAGUAUGUGUCUUUCUACAAUCCCUGCCCCCCUGUCCAGGACUAUGUUAACUCACUACAGGACAGCAUUGACAGCAUGCUAACAGAGUUUGAUGACAGGUGGCCGAGCCAUAAGCCUGUCACCAACCGGACUAAUGCUGAUGCUGCAUUGGCUAGCAGAGUUAGUGCUUUUGUGUCCAGCAUCCGAGCAGCUAAUGCUAAAACAGGCAGAGAUGAUGAUGGUCUCUGUGGUGAACUGACAGCUGCUGAUGCCGGUGCUUCAGUCAGUCAAACUCCUGCACUCUUCAGAGGAAGUGAAGUGUGGCAGCCAAAUACAAUCACUAAACAGUUUCCUGAUGCUACAAACAACAGGAAUCCCCCAACUUCUAAUGUCACUUUAUCUGUUACUACAUCUGCGUCUGGUUCUGUCAACAAGCCUACCAGCACUGCCGUCCUCCAUCCUUCUCCUAACAAGUCCCCACAGUCCCACUGGAAACCACAGCAAAGCCACACUUUAGAGGUUGAUAGAACAGUCACUCAUAACAUCAGACAAACACAGGACAACACCACUUCCGGGACUAUACAUUGUAUCACUAGAGUAGAAGGUGGGAGUAGUACAAACUAUGAGGUGACUUUGCCAGGGUUCAGCGGUGUCUCUGAGCCGGUCUCCAGUCCGGCCUCUGUCUCCGUCCCGAGGCCCGGCACAGGUCCGGCUCCCCCGGCCACAGCCCUGAGCUCCCUGAUUAGCCAGCUGCAGCCAGAGGUGUUCAACAGCCUGGUGGAGAUCAUCAAAGACGUCAAGAGAAACUCCCUGCAGUUCUACCUCCACAGCACCGAGCCAGAGGACCAGGUCUAUGAAGACGUCAAGGAACACCUGAUGAAGCAGGGUAACGUGGAGCAGAGUCCUGUGGCUUUUCUGAACCAAGAAAACUCUGACAACAGACUGCUGGUCAUCAUUAAGAACAAAGACAUAGCUGGACACGUACACAAGAUCCCGGGUUUGAUGUCUCUGAAGCGACACCCCUCUGUGGUGUUUGUGGGAAUCGAUACACUGGACGACAUCAGGAACAACAGCUACAACGAGCUUUUUGUUUCUGGAGGCUGCAUCGUUUCGGACGAGUUAGUCCUCAAUCCAGACUUCAUCACUCAUGAUCGACUGGCUGCACUGCUGAUGUUCCUGGAACAGCACAGUUCUCCAGACAGUGUCUGGAGGUGGAAGGUUCACUGCAAAACCCACAAGAAAUUAAAAGAACAAGCCAGGUUCAGGAGAGAUGCAGCCAACCUACUGGACGUACUGUCAGCCUAUCAGAAGCGGCAGAUCGUUGAGUUCCUCCCCUACCAUCACUGCGACAUGAACAACCAUCAGUCACCUGACCUGGACUGUCUUAAGGAGCUCCAGGCCCGAUACACACAAUACCGACACACAGUCUUCCUGACUGAUCAUAAUUUUGAGAAGUUCCCUGCAUACUCCAGUGGUGGCAUCAUUGUGGCGAGUAUUGAAGGAAUUCUGCACGACUUCACCAGACUGGUCGGUUACCAUGACAUCAAGGACAAGCAGCCAAUCCUAGAUGACAUGCUUGCUCCCAAACGUCUCGGGAGGCAGCUGAGUCAUAGUGACUCUGUGUUGGGCUCUGAACCCUCACCCUCUAUCUUCCCAGAGCACAUCCAUCCCCUCUCCUCGAGUGACCAACCCCAACAUCUCCUCCAGCAGUCCGUCUCCAGCCUCCCCCCUCUCUCCCACCUCUCUGACCAACUCGUCCCAGAUGCCUCCUGUAAGGAAGGUGUGCCGCACCAUUCAGGCACAGACUUUGAGGUUCUUCGAUUCGCCAUCUCACAGUUACGGGCUGAGCGUCAGGCUCAGCAGCUGCAGCAGCAGCAGGCAGAGUUGAGCAUUAAUCCCAUCAAAGGCUUCCUUCCCAAUCCCAUUUGUACAGGUAGCCGUCACACCACCCCUCUUUUAGGUCAAGGAGGUCCUUCUGAGUCGGUCCAGCUCACUCCUGGCAAGAAAGCAGUGGCAGCCACUCUGGAGUUAAUUCACUCAGCACUGCAGCUGGAGCUGGGGGAGGAGGAGAGGAGGGAGGACGGAGCAGAGACUCCCACAGAGGGACAGAGGAAAGGAGGAAGUCGAGGAGGAGGUGAGCCUGGAGAUCAGAGAGAUGGUACACCAGUAAGAGUGGAAAACUGGGGUCCCAGUAAUAGCGACACGUCUACCCCUUCGUCCAAUCAAAACACAGCUGCAGUGACAGGACCAAGUAACCAGAUAGACUCAGCCAGUGAUGGGAGAGGGAAAGCAGCUCAACAAGGAGAACCUGCAUUUCUCAAAGCAGCUAAACAUGGUGCAGCUAAACAUGGUGCAGCCUCCUCCAGUGCCACAGCUUGUCCUGUAGAGGGCGACAGAUCAAGAGACACACAGUCAGGCCAACAACAGCCAAUAAGAGGAGAGGGAGCACCACCUGGCAACAGCACUGUGGGAACUGCCAGUGGCACCAAGGUAACAGGAAGUAUCACCAUGGUAACAGACCAGGAAGAUAACCUAAAUCCUGCUCUGCCCCGUCUACAACAGAUCCAACAGCCCCAACAUCAUCUGCAGCAACUGAACAACCAGCAGCAGCAACUAAAUGAGCGACAGCAGCUCCAGCAAGGUCCGUCACACCUACAACAACCACCUCACAGCCAGCAGCAGCGUGGCGCCGGCCUCCUGCAGCCCCCCCACCUGCCUCGACUCCCCAACCAGCCUUUCUCUCGGGGCCCCUUGCUUGGGCCCCUGACUGCCCUGGGAGGUGGCCUCCUGGGGCCCACGCCUGUCUGGCCAGGUGGCCUCGGCCCUGCAGGUGCUGCUGCCGCGCUGGUCUGGGGCUUCCAACAGGCUGGCAGGGACUUCACUGGUCAUAGACUGCUGGGGGGGUUACACAACCCUGCAGGUCAGGGCAGCAACAGAUACAGAGGGGGGCAACGAGGAGGAGGCUUUAACGGGAUGUAGAGAGUCCGUUUAACUACACCAGCUGAUUAUCCCAGGUAACAAGUUCCCCACUAACCUCCACACACCUGCUGCGGACCAUGCAGCAGGUUUAAGAAGAGGAAGAAAACCAAAAACUACCACCCCUGUUACCAGAAUCUCAUUCUAGUCAAAUGCAGAGGUUGAAACACUCACAUCUCAGGUGCACAGGUGCACUGAAGAAAGAGGGCAGAAGGAGACAGCACUCUGUAUGCAGCUCCCAAGGUUCAUUAUUUGUCAUCACAAAAUAAGGGUGAUGUCUAACCCUGAUCCAGGACCGUCAUAGUACAUAUCAGGGUCUCCAAGAAUCUGGACAUUUCAGUCUCUCGGGUUUAUAAAAUUGGUUACAGUAAGAAUGUUGAAAAUACAAACUCGUCUCUUUUUUCGGUUAGGGUUAAGGGUUAUUUUUGCAUUUAUCUGAUAUUGACUGUAGAGAUACAUUUUUGAAAAGGGGACCGUCCUAAUUUGUAUUGACUUUAAUUUAAUAUAUAUAUAUAUAUAAUUUAAGAGACCUUUCUUAGUUCUAGUAAAUUGUGUUUUUAGUUACUCUGCACCCACCUGAUAUCACUUCCCCCACCUUUUAAAGUCAGAAGAAGAUUAUCUACCAUUGUUUGACUUGGUAUUUUCAAUAUUCUCUGUCCUCUGAGUGACUGAAACGUCCAGGAGAUGGAGAUCCAGGACUGUGAUAUGUAGUGUGACAGUCCUGGAUCAGGGCUUGGUGAUGUUCCCGGCCACAUGUUCUUCAUCAGACGACCAGACACUGAAACACUGUGUCACUCUCUGAUGAAACUAGAUAAAACCUUGUAGUAACCCUUGUGUAGUGUGCAGUGUGUGAAUUAAAAUAAGUCAAUGUACCUGCUUACACAGCAGAAAUCAGCUGCUGUAGAGUUUGGCUAGAAUACAAACCUGCAGCCUGCUGAGUCUCGGAUUGGAAACCUACCAUUUACUACCUACUGUAACCACUACCUGCUGACCUGUUAGUACUGAAGAAGUCAGAAAAAACUCUGAAGGAAAAGGCCAUAUCUCUCCCUUUGGAUAUUAAGAGUUUUUUUUUUAAAUAACAGAGUUUCUUUGCCAUGUUUUGCAAAGUUUUAUUUAAUCUCACUCAGCAAAACAAACUGAAAGAGAUCAACCUGGCAUGUACAUGAGCUCUUUAAUCAAGAGCAUUGACUAAAAUGUUAAAAAGCUCUGGUGGAUCCCAGUUCCCGGAACCCUCGAGGAUGUUUUCUACAGUGAGAAAACAUGAGGUAUUUAUUCGUUCUCUUUGCAUCAUGGGAGACACCGAGAUGCACCCUGGGUCUUAAAGUGGAAACUGAGACUAUGGAAGAACUUAAGAAAAAAACCUGUAAAGGAAUAAGAUGGACAGACUGCCUUACACGUCUUCCAGCGGACACUCUUUAUGUCUUGUAAAAAAACAGUUUUUUGUACUGAAUGUUUGGUUUGUUACCCUGGGAACUGUUUGUGUUUAAUGUUGUAUGUACAAUAGGAAGUGACUCUGUAACAGACUGGUUUUAACUUAAGUCAUAUUUUUAUGUUUUUUUACAUCAGAGAUUUUUUGUAUUAAAACUUGCCUGCGUAAACCA